AUGGGCUCCGGAGGAGCGGGCCUCCUUGGGGUCCGGUGGCCCCUGCCGCUCCUGCUUCUGCUCGGCGCCGGAGGCAUGGCUCAGGACUUCGCACCCCAGAUCCUAGUCCACCCACAGGACCAGCUGCUCCAGGGCCCUGGCCCCGCCAAGAUGAGCUGCCGAGCCUCAGGCCAGCCGCCUCCCACCAUCCGCUGGCUGCUGAAUGGGCAGCCCCUGAGCAUGGUGCCCCCAGACGUACACCACCUCCUACCUGAUGGAACCCUGCUGCUGCUGCGGCCCCCUGCCCGGGGACGUGCCCAUGACGACCAGGCCCCACCCACAGACCUGGGCGUCUACACAUGUGAGGCCAGCAACAAGCUGGGCACGGCCGUGAGCCGCAGUGCUCGGCUGUCUGUGGCUGUCCUUCAGAAGGAUUUCCAGCUCCAGCCUCAGGACACAGUGGCCACGGUGGGCGAACAGGUGGUCCUGGAGUGCGGGCCGCCCUGGGGCCACCCAGAGCCCACAGUCUCCUGGUGGAAGGAUGGGAAACCCCUGGCCCUCCAGCCAGGGCGGCACAUGGUGUCCAGGGGCUCCUUGCUGGUGGGCAAAGCAGAGAAGAGCGACGCAGGGACCUAUAUGUGUGUGGCCAACAACAGUGCAGGACAACGGGAGAGCCGGGCAGCCAGGGUGUCUGUCCAGGAGCGUCGGGACUACAAGGAGCCUCUGGAGCUGCUGGCUGUGCGCAUUCAGCUGGAAAAUGUGACCCUGCUGAAACCGGAUCCCGCCAAGGGCCCCAAGCCCGGGCCCGCUGUGUGGCUCAGUUGGAAGGUAAGCGGCCCUGCUGCCCCCGCUCAGUCCUACACGGCGCUGUUCAGGACCCAGACGGUGCCCGGAGGCCAGGGAGCUCCGUGGGCAGAGGCCCUGCUGUCUGGCUGGCAGAGCGCAGAGCUUGGAGGCCUCCACUGGGGCCAAGACUACGAGUUCAAAGUGAGACCAUCCUCCGGCCGGGCUCGAGGCCCUGACAGCAACGUGCUGCUCCUGCGGCUGCCUGAGCAAGUGCCCAGUGCCCCUCCUCAGGAGGUCACCAUAAAACCUGGCAAUGGCAGUGUCCUUGUGAACUGGGUCCCACCACCUGCUGAAAACCACAAUGGCGUCAUCCGUGGCUACCAGGUAUGGAGCCUGGGCAACAGCUCAUUGUCCCCAACCAACUGGACAGUGGUAGGCGAGCAGACCCAGCUGGAGAUUGCCACCCAAACGCCAGGUUCCUACUGUGUACAAGUGGCUGCAGUCACCGGUGCAGGGGCUGGGGAGCCCAGUAGCCCUGUCUGCCUCAUUUUAGAGCAGACCAUGGAGCGAGCAACCCGAGAACACAGUGACCAUGGUCCGUGGACCCUGGAGCAGCUGAGAGCCACUUUGAGGCGUCCAGAGAUCAUUGCCACCGGGGCUGUCGUGCUCUGGCUGCUGCUGCUGGGCGCCACUGUGUGUGUCCACCGCCGGCGCCGAGCUGGGAUGCACCUUGGCCCAGGUCUGUACAGAUAUACCAGUGAGGACGCCAUCCUCAAACACAGGAUGGAUCACAGUGACUCCCCCUGGCUGGCAGACACUUGGCGGUCCACCUCUGGCUCUCGGGACCUCAGCAGCAGUAGCAGUCUUAGCAGCCGGCUGGGAGUGGAGCCCCGGGACCUACUGGACCGCCGUCGCUCCCUGAUCUCCUGGGAUCCCCGCAGCCCUGGUGUGCCCCUGCUUCCCGACACCAGCACUUUCUAUGGCUCCCUCAUCGCUGAGCUGCCUUCCAGCCCCCCGGCCCGGCCAAGCCCCCAGGCCCCAGCUGUCAGGCAUCUCCCAUCCCAGCUGGCCCGGCUCUCCAGCCCCUGGCCCAGUUCAGACAGCCUCUGCAGCCGCAGGGGGCUCUCUUCCCCACGCUUUUCGGUGGCCCCCGCAGAGGCUUGGAAGGCCAGGAAGAAGCAGGAGCUGCACCAGGCCAACAGCUCCCCACUGCUCCGGACCAGCCACCCCAUGGAGCUCUGGGCCUGGGAGUUGGGGAGUAAAGGCUCCAAGAACCUUUCCCAAAGCCCAGGAGCUGUGCCCCGAGCUCUGGUGGCCUGGCGGGCCCUGGGGCCGCAGUUCCUCAGCUCCUCCAGUGAGCCGACUUGCCCUGUCCCGCCAGCACCCCUCUCCUCCAAUGAACCCCCCACUCAGAAUCAACAGACCCAGAAGCUGGUGGAGCCCCAAGCUCCCUCCUCCCUCCCACUGUCAGCAGCCCCCAUUCCCACUUUCAUCCCCUCCAGCCCCUCCAGCCCCUCCAGCCGCUCCAGCUGCUCCAGCCGCUCUAGCCGCCAGGCCUCCUCCCUCUCUGGUCUCAGCCCAACCUCCAGUCGCCUGUCCAGCUCUUCACUGUCAUCCCUGGGGGAGGAUCAGGACAGUGUGCUGACUCCUGAGGAGGUAGCCCUGUGCCUGGAGCUCAGUGAGGGUGAGGAGACCCCCAGGAAUGGUGUCUCUCCUAUGCCAAGGGCUCCUUCACCCCCCAGCACCUAUGGGUACAUCAGCGUUCCGACAGCUGCGGAGCUAGCAGACAUGGGCAGAGCUGGGGGAGGGGUGGGGUCGGAGGUGGGGAGUUUGUUGUGCCCACCUCGGCCCUGCCUCACCCCCACCCCCAGCGAGGGCUCCUUGGCCAAUGGCUGGGGCUCAGCCUCUGAGGACAAUGCCCCCAGUGCCAGAGCCAGCCUCGUCAGCUCCUCCGACGGCUCCUUCCUUGCGGAUGCCCACUUCGCUCGGGCCCUGGCCGUGGCCGUGGACAGCCUUGGCUUUGGCCUGGAGCCCAGGGAAGCAGACUGCGUCUUCACAGGUGCCUCAUCGCCUCCCUCCCCCCGGGACGACCUCUUCCUGCCCCCCACCCUCUCCCUGCCCCUGUGGGAGUGGAGGUCAGACUGGCUAGAGGACAUGGAGAACGUCCACAGCCAGCAACUGGGAAGGGGACGGCCCCCCUGGCCCCCCCACUCCUAG